AUGAGUUGUUGUAGCGAUUGGCAGGGUAACGUUUGGAAGAGAAAAAAUGUGGUGGACUUGCGUUGGAAAUCAAGCACGUUUUGGUUGUUGGCCUUAUCAUCACCGCUAACAUUGUACGAUCUGAACGCAAUACCCGACAAAUGCUUAUGGGGUGGCCAUUUGCAGUUCUUGCCUCUGGCCUACUCUGUAGCGGGUUUAGCUGGCCCGGGGUUAAUAGCAAUUCUGUAUAGAAAGUCCUACGGCCCUCUUGUCAUCAGUGGUAUCGGCUCGGCGAUGGGUUUUAUUCUCGGAUGUUUUGGGUUUCAUGGCCUGUACGACUGGGUGGAGAAAUCGAUGGAUCUCAUGAGCGUGUUCUACAUUGGAAUUCGUUACCAGCUGCGCUGCACCAGUCUGUUCCAGGCUCGUGAUUUUAGAUAUAAAUUACUGGUAUGUCGAUUCAUUUGUGUUAUCAUAGCUAUCGUACUUGGCUUAUCGAUGUAUCUGUUUGGAAAAUAG